CCACCGCUCAAGUCUCCCGUAACGAAUCACGCCUCACCCGCCGCAUGGGACAUGGCGUAGGCGCACCGGCCAACCCUUCACUCCACCAAAAAAUACUAUCCUCUUUUCUAGCAUAAAAAAAUAAAUAUAUAUUCUUCAUAUUUAGCUCUAAAUCUAAAUCUUGAUCUUGUUAUUUUCUGUUCUCAAAUUUUGAUCUUGUUAUUUUGAAACUAACCAAUUUCUUCUAGGGCAUACAAUAUUAAAAAAGAAAUAAUGUCUUAGUUGACCGAAUAAAAAAAGGGUGACAGCUGCACCUGCAUGGUCUUCCCCAAAGAUUGGCGAGGCAACAAAUCAGAACCCACCCAGCUAGCCACAGUCACAUGGUAAAUGGUCAGCAAAGCACAGCAAAAAAAGCACAUUGGUAGCACCAAUAAAUAAGGGAUAGUUUCACUCUUUUCAAAGCCUCCCCUCCGCCACACAUCUCUCUCUCGCUUUUGCAAUUUCUUUCAACGCUCAGCGAAAGUUGGAGAGACCCCUAAAAAUCUCUCUCGAUAGCCUCCUCCAGUCUCUCACACACAGCCACUAAUCAGGAAAAGUCACAAUGGCUGAGCAGAUUCAACACCCUUCUGUUAUGCGGAAAGUAGCUGGCCAGUUCCUUCAUUCCAGUGUUUCUAAUGAUUUUGGUUGUGAUGGGGCUUUCCAGAGGCCUGCUCUGCACCAAAGGUGUGCUUAUGGCAACUACUCAAAUCCUGCUUUCCAGUACCCCAUGGGAUGGGCAUGUGUAGCAGCUACUGAAUUAUCAAUUGUUCCAUCUACUGCUUCAUCUGUUCUUGUUCAAGCCCCAUCAGAAAAAGGUUUAGCUAGCUUUGGUAUUGAUUUCCUUAUGGGUGGAGUCUCUGCAGCUGUAUCCAAAACUGCUGCUGCUCCCAUUGAGCGUGUUAAGCUUUUGAUUCAAAACCAGGACGAGAUGCUUAAAACUGGUAGGCUCUCUGAACCCUACAAGGGCAUUGGUGAUUGUUUUAAGCGAACAAUGAAGGAGGAAGGGUUUGGUUCAUUGUGGAGAGGGAACACUGCCAAUGUCAUCCGUUAUUUCCCUACUCAGGCCUUGAACUUUGCAUUCAAGGAUUACUUCAAGAGGCUCUUCAACUUUAAGAAAGACAGAGAUGGCUACUGGAAGUGGUUUGCUGGGAACUUGGCCUCAGGAGGUGCAGCCGGUGCUUCUUCCCUUCUCUUUGUCUAUUCCUUGGAUUAUGCUCGAACCCGUUUGGCCAAUGAUGCCAAGGCUGCAAAGAAGGGAGGAGAGAGGCAAUUCAAUGGGCUCAUUGAUGUCUACAAGAAGACAAUGGCUUCUGAUGGUGUUGCUGGGCUUUACCGUGGAUUUAACAUUUCUUGUGUUGGAAUUAUUGUCUAUCGCGGUCUUUAUUUUGGAAUGUACGACUCCUUGAAGCCUGUGCUUCUUACCGGUGACAUGCAGGAUAGUUUCUUUGCUAGCUUUGCCCUUGGUUGGCUCAUCACCAAUGGUGCUGGUCUUGCUUCCUACCCCAUUGACACUGUUCGUAGAAGAAUGAUGAUGACCUCUGGUGAAGCUGUCAAGUAUAAAAGCUCACUAGAUGCCUUCUCUCAGAUUUUGAAGAAUGAGGGUGCCAAGUCUCUCUUCAAGGGUGCUGGAGCAAACAUCCUCCGAGCCAUUGCUGGUGCUGGUGUGCUUGCCGGUUAUGACAAGUUGCAGCUGAUUGUAUUCGGCAAGAAGUACGGAUCUGGCGGUGCUUAAACGGAAGCUAUAUCUUCAUUCUUGUCGUUUCAUUGAGGUUAGAUGGUGAUGAAAUCUUGACUUCUGAGAAUUUAGUCGGCGAAUUUUUCCACAAAUAAUUCAGUUUUAGGGGGGAGUUACUCCCUGAACCAAAAUUUACUUUUUGGAUGGAUUUUUUAAAAAAAAUUCAGAAGAAACCUCAUAAUAGUUGUGGCUAAUGCCUCAGCUGCUUCUUGGAAGUUCAGUUAUGUGAUUUGAGGAAUGCAUUCUAUUCUACAGGUCA